GCCCGCGGGCUCCCCGCCGCCGCCGCCGCCGCCUGAGGGCCGGUUCCGCACGCGCGACGUUUUGGUGCCCGGGGGCCCCGGGGACUUCGGCUCCUUGCUGCUGUCGACGCCGGUGCUGGCGGGGCUGUCGGCGGCUGGGUUCCACCGACCCUCGCCGGUCCAGCUGAAGGCCAUUCCGCUGGGGCGCUGCGGCCUGGACCUCAUCGUGCAGGCCAAGUCUGGCACGGGCAAAACCUGCGUGUUCGCUGCCAUCGCCCUGGACGCCCUGCUGCUGGAGAGCCCCGCGACGCAGAUUUUGAUCUUAGCUCCGACAAGAGAGAUUGCUGUGCAGAUUCAUGCUGUCAUCACAGCCAUUGGAAUAAAAAUGGAAGGUUUGGCAUGCCAUGUGUUCAUUGGAGGGACUCCUCUGAACCAGGACAAAAUAAGACUAAAGAAAUGCCACAUAGCAGUUGGCUCUCCAGGUCGAAUAAAACAACUCAUAGAGUUGGAUUAUUUAAAUACAGCUAGUAUUCGGCUCUUCAUUCUUGAUGAAGCAGACAAGCUUCUAGAAGAAGGCAGCUUUCAGGAACAAAUCAAUUGGAUUUAUUCUUCCCUGCCGGCCAAUAAACAGAUGCUGGCUGUUUCAGCCACUUACCCUGAAUCAUUAGCUAGUGCUUUGACCAGGUACAUGAGAGAGCCAACAUUUGUGAGACUGAACCCUACUGAUCCAAGUCUCAUUGGCCUGAAGCAGUAUUACAAAAUUGUGAAUUCCCAUCCACUUCCUCAUAAGACGUUUGAGGAAAAAGUCCAGCACUUACAGGAGUUAUUUGGCAAGAUUCCAUUUAAUCAAGCCUUAGUCUUCUCAAAUUUGCAUAGCAGAGCUCAACAUUUAGCUGAAAUACUGACAUCCAAAGGCUUUCCUGCUGAGUGCAUUUCAGGUGGCAUGAAUCAAAAUCAACGACUUGAUGCUAUGGCUAAAUUAAAGCAAUUCCACUGUAGAGUUCUUAUUUCCACAGACUUAACAUCUCGUGGAAUUGAUGCUGAGAAAGUGAAUCUAGUCAUCAAUCUGGAUGUACCUAUGGACUGGGAAACAUAUAUGCAUCGUAUUGGUAGAGCUGGACGCUUUGGAACUUUAGGCUUGUCUGUGACAUACUGCUGCCGUGGAGAAGAGGAAAACAUGAUGAUGAAAAUUGCACAGAAGUGUAAUCUUCAGCUUCUUCCCUUACCAGAGCCUAUACCUCCUGGAAUGAUGGAUCAAUUUGAAGAUUGGGAGGUAGAAGUCAAAGCUGCUGCACAUACAGAUGCUUCAGUGAAUUCUGACACUGUGUUUCUUAGGCCAGAGGAACCAAUAGAGCAGCCAGCCCGAAAUAACUUUACAGAGAUACCUCGGCCUCAUUCUAAUCUUCCAGGUGAUAAUAUUGUAGAAAGGCCAAAAAAGGCUCUGAAGCAAAAACCAAAAAGGUGCACCAAUUCUGCAAAUGCAGAAAAAGGUAGCCACGAAACUUUCAGUUUCCAUACAAAACAGAGGAAUCAAGUAGGAACUGCCUCCAAAAUGGACAAACAAAAUAUCACUAAUGCUUCAGAUGAGGAAUCCUUAAAAAAAAAUCUUCCCAGAAUUCCAUGCUUGUCAACUUUCAAAAACCAACAGAGCAAUGGUCCCUGGAACCUCUCGGAGUUUGUUGAAGAUUAUGAGUAUUUCAUUAAAGAAGGGCUGGAGAGGGAUGUUGAAAUUCUAAGAAGUUAUUCAGGCCUGGGAGAACAGUGUGAGCUCCCCAGAAAUGGUUCUGUAGAGCGUAAAGAUGUGGAAGAUGCUACAGAGGCAGUAGCAAAUAGCGUUGUGCCUGCUGAUAGUGAUAGUUCGUAUAGUUCCAGGGCUUCCUCCAAAAGCAGAGAGCAUAACUCAUGCUUUGAAGCAUUUUCAGGUAUGCAGGAAAAGAAUGCUGUUCCCUCUAUAGAUCAAGGUCUUACAAGCUUUUCUCUUACACCCGAGAAGCCUCAGGAGCUAUUGCAAGUGCCAAAGCCGAAACAAAUUAAAAAGAAAGGUCUGAAACAAAAUGCUAAACAAAAGAGAAGUAAUUACCACCAAUUCUGUAUUCCCUCUGUGAGAGAAACUGAAGACGACUGCUCUUGCACCCCUUGGGGUGGUAGUGUUCCUGGCUUUCCAUAUGAGGCUUGGAGUUACAAAAACUACUGGAAGUCUCACUAUCAAGCCUGGCAAAACUACUAUGCUACAGUGUCUCUUAUGCACUACAGGAAAAAUUACAGACACUUUAGCUGGAUGAAUGCUUAUCAUGUCAACUCGGUCUAUCUUCAAGAACUGCUGAAAAGUGAUGGUUGAUGUAAUGGCAUUGAUGUUAGAGGACUGGCUGGUACAAUGAAUAGACACAUCUGAAAACAUGACUGGUCUAUUACUGAUGAACUACACUGACAGACACAGACAUUGCUUAAGAUUGAAGAAGUACUGUCUUUUUAAAAAGCAAGCUAUUUCUAGGCAAAUGUUUUAUAUGCAUUCCAGUGAUGGUGUUGCAAGUUGUCAAUAAAAGGAAAUGAAUGAUACAGCUGGAUGUUCAGUUUCAAUCUUUAAAAUGAGGUAAAUGAAGAUGAAAGGCAGCCAGUUGCAUGUAAGAAGUUUUAGUAAAAGAAACUAAUCUCAGUUUUACUUGAUUUUUCUUUUCAUUUAACUUUCUGGGUUAAAGUGGAAUUUGCAGAAGUUGCUGUUUAUAGUUUGAGGCCAUUCCAUUUUCUAUGGUUUCCUUAAACAGCCGGCAAUGACUGUAUACCAUUUAAGUGGCAGACAUUCUGCAUCUCAAUGUAUGUAUUGCUAAUUUAAGUCAAGUUAAUUAACACUGUAUAAGUAACAUAUAGCUAGGUGUAUUGCAAGCUGUGUAGUAGGGGAUGGUUUAAUUAUGUAUAAAAUGUGCAGUUAUCAUAAUUGGUCUGUCCCUCUGGGUGCAGCAAUAUCAGACUUGCCACACUUACAAGAAGGCUUUAAUUAGAAAUGAAAUUGCCUAUUAAUACUAAAACUAAUUAGUAUCUUCUGUUUGGGUUGCACUGUCUUGAAGCAGGAAAAGGUUGAAGAGUACUGGCUGGCUUUAAGGUAUUGACACUGGAUUGACUCUUCUCACUGACUUUCAGAAUUUAUACCCUAACUUUAGUAUGUUCAGGAUCACCGAAGCAGAUUUUAGGCUAGUUCCUUUGAUUUCUCAAAGUUGACGAGCUGAUUCUGCCUUCUAUUUUUUAAUGGAAUUCUUAGUGAAAACACUGCUUCCUACCUCUAUGAGCUGUACUUCCAAGGAGAGCUUUUUAUUUAAUUUGGUGAGAUGGCAAGUUUCAAGGAUGCUUGAUUGCCCACCUUCAGCUACCUUGAAAUUAAUUUUGAGAAAUGUAAUAGGUUUUUCACUCAGAUAAUUUAAAUAAAUCAUUUUCUGUC